UGGGGCUUAUAAAAUACUUAUAAAUACCAGGAAAAAUUCACAUUAUUAAUCCCAACUAUUAGACAUCUUCUCAUAUUAAUCCUAGGUAUGAACUAUUCUAAUAUAAUCCAAAUUAUAGGGAGUGCCUUCCCAAAACAGUCCGCUGACCUGCUUGAACCCAUUUGGCAGGUCAUCCCGACACAUGGCAGUUUUUUAUUGGUGUUUUUUUGUUUUCUUUAUUUCUGUUUUUUUCUAUCCCUCUUUUCUCUUUCUUUUUCCUUGUUGCACGACUCUAUCUUCUGCAUCCUUCUUCCGUGGUUCUUUUCUUCUCUUAUCUUUGCAUUAACAGUUCAUUAUUUUUUUGUCUUUUUUUCUUUCAUCCCCUCCUUCAUGCCAUCUAUGGAUUUCAAUAAUGAAAUUGGAAAAUCCAAUUCGAAUUUCCCCUUACUUGAAUCGGAUCUGAAUCGGCUUCUAACAUGAAAAACUCUACUUGAAUUUCACAUUUUAAAAAAAAAUUCUUCUCCAAUUUUGUUUUUCUUCCUUUCGUUGGGGCUGGGGCGUGAAAGUGUUAGGGGAUAUGAGGAUGUCGGUCAGUCCAUGUUUCAGAGUCGUCCUCAGACAGACCCAACUGCUCUUCAUCGCCAACUGCAUCGUCUUAUUUGCUCUUCAUCGACGUCAUCCGUUCGUUCAACCGUCUCCAUCUCCGGCCGCAUAUUAUCCCACCCCUAUUAAUCUUUAUUGUCAGUGCGAUGAAUAUUGUUAUCCCACGUCUUGUUUUGUUUUACCUAUUGUCUAAGUUGCAGGUCAU